UUAAGCCUUAAAAUUCCAGCUACCACUAUUACUCUGCCAAACCACGAUCACUUUCUCCUUUUUUCCCCUCUCCAUUAUUGCAUACAAUACAUCCAUACACGUCCUUAUCAUGCAUUCCUUUUUUAUAUUCUUCUCUUAAAUCUUGUCUCCUUUUCUCUAUCUUUCCCCCCUCAUCUCUUUUUUUUUUUUUUCUCAAUUAAAAGGACAUAAUAAUGCCCACCAUAUCUGAAAUCUCAUCUUCUUCUUCUUCUCAAUGUCCAUGGCAAGAUUAUUAUCAUGUUUCUUCUCCAUUGAAAAUUCAGUUGGUUUCUAAGUCUGUGUCAGAAAGGCUGCUCUCUAAAUUCUCUGAUUUGACUGAGUUUGAUUUUGAUUAUUCUAAGAGUGGCUUGUGGUCUCCUCCAAUCGAAAGAAGCCACGUGUUCUUGAACUCACCAACUGGGGAAAUCCUUUCACAUAGAGAAAUGGCUGCUAAGUUAAAUAAAGUAUUGAAGAGACAUCAGAGAAGAAGACGUUACUUCAAUGCAUGUUUAUGUUCUCCAAAGAGAUUCUGAUCUCAAGUCAAAAGAAGUCUUGCAAGAUUUUCAGUUUAUUGAGAGAUUAAGAUAUUAAUUAAAUGCAGGAAUUAUGCUUAAUGUCUAACUAUUAUCCAAUUCAAAAUGUACAUGUUUUUAGGUAACUAUUAAUUUAAUUAUAUAGAGAAAUGGAUAAUUGACAA